CUCCUCAGGACGGCAAGCAACCUAGAUAAGCCUCUGGCGCCCGGAGUACCAAGGUUAAAGAUCGAGGCAACCUGUCCAGAAAUGAGCCAAAAGGAACCCUAAGGUCUCGGCGGAUACGCUCCGUACAGUCGUCACCAUGCGCGCCAUUCUGUACACCGGGUUGCUCUCCUCACUCGCGGCGGCCACGCAAAACGCGCAGCAGCAGUGCUCCAAGCUAGCCAAGAAGCUCGACAUCGACAAUGCCACCGUCUGGUUCACCGAGUAUGUGUCGGCGGGCACAAACAUGUCCUUCCCGGAUGCCCACCCGACCUGUACUCAGGGGGCCGUGACCGUGGGCGUCGACUUUUGCCGCGUCGCCCUGUACGUCGCCACAUCAAACCGGUCGGGCAUCAGCAUGGAGGCGUGGCUGCCGAGCAACUGGACCGGCCGCUUCCUAAGCACGGGCAACGGCGGUCUUAACGGCUGUCUCUCGUACAGUGACAUGGCCUACACGGUCGAGCUCGGCUUCGCGACCGUCGGCGCCAACAACGGCCACAACGGCACCAGCGGCGCGCCCUUCCUCAACAACCCCGACGUUGUCGAGGACUUCGCCUAUCGGUCCGUCCAUACCAACGUCGUGAUUGGCAAGCAGAUCUCAAAGGCAUUCUACAGCAAAAAGCACACCAAGUCGUACUACCUCGGUUGCUCGACCGGCGGCCGCCAGGGGUUCAAGUCGGCCCAGUCGUUCCCCGAGGACUUUGACGGCAUCGUGGCCGGCGCGCCCGCCUUCAACUUCAACAACCUGACCUCGUGGUCGGGCCACUUCUACCUCCUCACGGGAGCCCCCGGUUCACCAACCUAUCUGACCCCAGCCCAGUGGACCGCCGUGCACGCCGACAUCAUGACCCAGUGCGACGGCCUGGACGGCUACCUCGACGGCAUCCUCGAGGACCCGCAGUUGUGCCACUACCGCCCGGAGUCGCUGAUCUGCCCGCCCGGCACCCCAGCCAACACCAGCACCUGCCUCACCGGCACGCAAGCCGCCACCGUCCGCGCCGUCUUCUCAGACCUCCACGGCGCUAACGGCGCCUUCGUCUAUCCGCGCAUGCAGCCCGGCACCGAGCUCCUCGGGACGCCCUACAUUUACUUUGCCGGCCAGCCCUUCCCGUACACGACCGACUGGUUCCGGUACGUCGUGUACAACGACCCCGCCUGGGACCCGGCAACGCUGGGGCCGGCCGACUACGCGCGCGCCGACGCGCUCAACCCGUCCGACAUUCGCACCUGGUCGGGCGACCUGAGCCGGAUCCGGGCGCGCGGGGCGAAGAUUUUGCACUGGCACGGCCUGCAAGACCAGAUCAUCACGAGCGAGAUCUCGCCGCGCUACUAUGACCAUGUCGCAAGAACCAUGGGCCUGCCGGGCAGCACGCUGGAUGAGUUUUACCGGUUUUUCCGGAUCUCGGGUACGGGCCAUUGCCAGGGUGGGCCUGGCGCGAGUUUUAUUGGGCAGGGGAGGUCGGCGGUGGCUAGUCUGGAUCCGGAGCAGAAUGUUUUGAUGGCUGUGGUGAGGUGGGUGGAGCAGGGCAAGGCGCCGGAGUCGAUUCUGGGCAGUGCGGUUGUUAAUGGCACGGUGGUGUACCAGAGGAGGCAUUGCAAGUAUCCGUUGAGGAAUGUGUAUACUGGCAAGGGGGAUCCGAAGCAUCCCGAUAGUUGGAAAUGUGUGUAGAUAGGUACGUGUAGCAAUCUUGAGGGGUGGUUGAUGCAUGAGCGUCGGCUUUGUGCUUGGAGACAGACUAUUCAAGUCUGAGGGGUCUGUUCAGAUCCUGCCAUGCUCAGGAAGGACCCUCAGCUUCUGUCGAUGUCUUGUGAUACAGUUCGGAAAAGAGCGACAUGUUGAAGGGGGGGUGUAUCAGCUACGCACAACGUGCCCGUGUGUUUACAAAAAGUCAAGAACUUUCCAAUCUUACACCGCAGCUUUAACCCCUGAA